GAAGAAAAGUCAAAAUUGUAAACACGAGAGGUCAAUAAACCCGCAAGGUCGCUGGUUUUUCACGUUUUUCUCCGAGACGGAAAUCUUGUCAUUGAUAAAUUAGAAUCUUAAAAAGUUCAUUAAUGUUAUCUUCAGGAAGAUGGGUAAUGAAUGGGGGAAGAACAGCAGUUCUAGCCAGAACAUUCUGCUACAAAACUAUCAAGAGACCCCAGUAUAAGGAUGCGCCCCAGAAGAAGCCAAUGCGGGAAUUUCCUGAGGAGAAUUUCUCAUUGGCAAAGCAAAUUUCUGCUCGAAUUCAGGCUACAGGCCCCAUAACUCUAGCUACGUAUAUGAAGGAGAUCCUGACAAAUCCCUCCGGUGGGUACUACAUGUCCAAGGAUGUUUUUGGGAAGGAGGGGGAUUUCAUAACGUCCCCGGAAGUCGGGCAGAUUUUUGGGGAACUUGUGGCUGUGUGGAUUCUCACGGAAUGGCAGAAGAUUGGCUCACCCAAGCCCAUUCAGCUGGUUGAGUUGGGUCCUGGACGAGGAACUCUCACCCAGGACAUUCUCCGUGUUCUCUCACAGCUCGAUCUCUCCUCACCUGACCUCUCAGUGCAUCUCGUGGAAAUUAGUCCGUACAUGUGUCAAGCACAAGCCAAUCGUCUCUGCUUGAGUCACAACGAAGUCACGGAUCCAGAGUCAAAGCAUCACUAUGCCGGAGAGAUGGUCUCUGGGGUACAGGUGUUCUGGUAUAAACGCCUUGAGGAUGUUCCGAGGAAUUUUUCCGUUAUCUAUGCCCAUGAGUUCUUCGAUGCUCUCCCAAUUCACAAACUUGAGCGACAAGACAAUGUCUGGAAGGAGAUUUUGGUGGAUAUUGAUCCCGAUAAGAAGGAAGCUUUUCGCUUUUUAGUAUCCAGAGGAGAAACUCCAGCUUCCAAGGUAUUUUCCCAGCUAUCUGGAGAUUUUUCCGACAAACGGGAUCACAUUGAAUUCUCCCUUGAUACGUUUAGUGUGAUCAAUCACAUAGCUGAGCGUUUGGAGGAGGACGGAGGCUUCAGUCUCAUUAUGGAUUACGGUCAUCUUGGGGAUAAGACAGACACGUUCCGGGCUUUCAGACAACAUAAACUGCAGGAUCCUCUUGAAAAUCCAGGACAAGCUGAUCUAACUGCUGAUGUGGAUUUCAAGCAGCUGACAUUUAUGGCUGAGAAGACGCAGAAAGUCAUCACUUAUGGCCCUAUUGCUCAAGCUGACUUCCUCAAGAACAUGGAAGGUGAUGCGAGAUUGCAGGUGCUCCUGGAGAACGCCAGACCGGAUCAGAAGAAGGAUUUGGAGACAGGAUACGACCUCCUGACGCAUCCAGAUAAAAUGGGUCAGAGAUUCAAAUUCUUCGCCUUAUUUCCCACUGUUUUGCAGAAAAUCCUCCAGAAACUUCCUCCCUCUGGGUUUAGUAGUCAACAAUAAAGGACUUCCGGAUUCAACAAUAAA